AUGGAGUUUGUUGAGAAGAUUGUGGCGCGUGCAACACGUACCCGCACCUCGCCUCGGCGCUCGCCGGAAAACCGUGUUUCAAUCCGUCCGUGUCGGCGGAAGGAGAUCACGGAGGGUGGAGGAGAAGGUCGGUUCCUCCAAUCCCUCCUUUCUUCGCCUUUUCCAUCCGUGAAUCUGUCCUUGCGGGUCGAUCUCGCGGCGGCCAUGGAGCCGGAUCUGGACAUGGCGGCCAUGAGAAAGAAGCUAGAGGAUGCGGUGCUCGGCACCUGGCUGUGGGACAAGGAGCUGGACUCCAUCGUGCAGGAACAGAAAGAGCGAGACGACGAAGGCGAUUACGAGUACUACGAACCAGACGAACCGCACGAAUCAGACCAAGAAGAAGAGGAGCUCCACUAUGGUGGUUCUUGGGGGUACGGGUAUACGUUCUACUACGAGGACGGGAACCCUUAUUACGUCGCUGACAUGGAGGAGAGGUGGGAGAAUCAGAUGCGGUUUCCUCCGACCAUGUCCAGCGCCAAGAGACCGCGGGGGAUCUGGGAAGGGUCCCUUCAGGUCGAGGGCCCGUGUCAUCAGCUCGAUCCAAGUCUGUUAUCUGCGCAAAGCUUGCUGCCUCCAUUGCCCAGAUGGGAAAACUGUUGGGUCGACAAAAGAGAGAACGAACCUUGUCGACGGGCUAUUCAAGUUUUUAGUUUGAAUUUAUUGUCUCCUCAUGAUGCCGCGUUAGAGGUGUACGGUAUGAUUGCGUUCCGAGAUGUACGUAACAACCAACUACGCAACUAUAUCUUUGAAUACUCUAGAGACAAACCAUGUAAGCUUAAGCCGGGUUCUUGUAAGCUUCAACCUCUACUUAACCCGCAUCAAGGCAUCUAUGCAGUUGGGCUUGUGCUAAUUGAAUAUCGUUUGCUAAUUAAAGACCAAGAAGGUGAAGAUGAUAAGGUGUUAAUAGACGGAUAUUCGGUCUAUGCUCCAUCUUUCUAUGCAGAAUAUGAAAGGCUCCAUUGGCACAUUAACACUGGCCACCACGGCAGCGUCGAUCUAAGAAUGGCUUCUAUCCCAAAGGCCGUAUUGGCUGUGUUGGAGUUUGAGGUGCAUCAUCUUGGGGACAAUUUGUUUAAUUCACUUACAAUAACUGCGGUUUAUCGUACCAUGCAAGGGGGUGCUUUUUCAGUCUUCAAUGGCAAGUUGAGUGUUUGCAGGCUGCCACCGGUCACAGUUUGUGUGGAUUACACCAAGAAUUUGACUAUAGACUUGUACACGUACAACAGUCACUCAGGUGAUGAUAAUUGCUAUCCUGAUGGCGUUGUUGGUGAUUCAAAAAUUCCUGGAUAUUUUCAUUACGACAUUGAGGAUAUUAUGUCUGACACCGUGUGGUUUAAACCGCAGAAGAGUGGAAGCUCGACAAAAUAUUCAAGUAAUUUGUACGGUCUUGUAAUGUCAGUGAAGGUCACAUGGUCUAGCUUGUGUGUACCAUGUCAGUAAGAUUUAUAUGUGCAAGGUUUGUACAAUAUACUUCCAUAUAAAAGUGUUUUCUUAGUUAGAAUUGAUUAAUUUAGAGUUAUUUUCACUCUUUUACCCACAAGUUUCAUCGUUUGUGACAUAUAUUACUAAAUUUAUACUCCAUUUAAGCAAACUCGUCCCACAUUUUACCCCAUUUAGUAUUUUCCUCAGUGUUAGUGCUGAUUGGUCGUGCCACCUUUGAGGUUUCUCAUUCUUUGGUUUUUGUCGCUUAGUCCUUUUUUCAGCAGCAAACCGUCCGGCGCACUGGUCCACUGCUCCUGCCACUCACACGACCUCCGCUCCCUUCGUGAAGCCUGUUGGAGAGAUUGUCGUUGCCGCCCCUCCACCUGUGGAAGUUGUUGCUCCGACGCGGGUGGACAACGGCAAGUAGGACACGAGGAAGGUGCCAACGGAGUGGGGUGGCGUGGGAUGUUGCCGCCGGGCGCCACUAUCUCUCUCGGUGUGCUGCUGCAGCUGCCUUGCACGCCGGUGUAUCGCACACGAGCUGCUUGAUGGAAUGCACUCCCUCUAGCUGAGGGACAAAUAGCUCUUCUCGCGGGCAUACAUGGUGCCUCACAUUGAGGACCACCCGUACCAGUGCGCCCCCAAGGUGGCAUUCCUCCCUGGUGUGCAUGUGUGUUGUGUGCGAGCUCGUGGGUGUGUUGUGUAUGUGCUCAAUUGACCCACGGCAGCCCGAGCGCCUCGCCCAUCCCCUCCCUCGUCCACACGUGGUGCCGAAGUCGAUGGCUUGUCGCGAGCUUGGUGCAGUUGUUGUGCUUUCGCUGGCAAAGAGCUAAAAAGCAUGGACGCGGGGUGGAAAGAGGGGGAUACGCAUA